AUGGCCUCAGCUUCACGCUGCAGCCCUCCGGACGGAGGCUGGGGCUGGGUGGUGGUGUUCGGUGCCUUCAUCUCCAUCGGCUUCUCCUAUGCUUUUCCCAAAGCCCUGACCAUGUACUUCAAGGAGAUCCAGCGCCACUUUGGCGUUUCCUACAGCCAGAUCGCCUGGGUUUCCUCCAUCAUGUUGGCCGUUAUGUAUGCAGGAGGUCCAGUGAGCAGCGUGUUGGUGAACCGCUAUGGCAGCCGGCCUGUGGUUAUCACAGGAGGCCUCAUGUGCAGCAUGUCGAUGGUGGCAGCUUCGUUCAGCAGCACCAUCACACACUUGUACAUAUGUAUCGGGAUCAUUGGAGGUCUCGGACUUUCUUUCAACCUCCAGCCGUCCCUGACUAUAAUUGGGAAGUACUUUCAGGUCAGGAGGCCCAUCGCCAAUGGCAUAGCCAUGGCAGGAAGUCCAGUUUUCCUCUGCACUCUGGCACCGCUGAACCAGUUCCUGUUUGAACAUUUUGGUUGGAGAGGAAGCUUCUUUAUCCUCGGGGCCAUGCUGAUGAACUGCUGUGUGGCCGGAUCACUAAUGAGACCUCUGAAUGACGGUGGCUGUCGCAGACUUGAGACAAAUGGAGCCGUGAAGCCAAAAUCUUGUGAAAAUGGAACCCAGGUGCAAACCAAACCAAAGAGACGCUGCUUGCAUGGUGGCAGCUGCUUCAUGGACCUGUCUCUCUUCCGGCACCGUGGUUUUAUCAUCUACCUAAUAGGAAACAUGCUAAUGUUCUUUGGCUUUUUUGCCCCAAUGAUCUUCCUGGCACCGUAUGCGAAGCACCGUGGCAUGGAUGAGUACUCGGCUGCCAGCUUGCUCUCUGCACUGGCGCUCGUAGACAUGUUUGCCCGGCCAGGCACAGGUCUGCUCGCCAACACCAGCCGUGUGAGGCCCAGGGUCCAGUACCUCUUCAGCUUCGCCAUUACCUACAACGGUGUGUGCCACCUGCUGUGCCCAUUGGCUCCUGGUUACUGGGGGUUGGUGGUGUAUGCAGUGUGUUAUGGUGUGGUGUAUGGCAUGGUGUGCGCCCUGCUCUUCGAGUGCCUCAUGGAUGUGGUAGGACCAAGCAGGUUCUCCAGUGCUGUUGGACUCGUCACGAUCUUCGAAUGCUGCCCCGUUCUGCUUGGACCUCCCAUCGCAGGUGCACUCGUGGACAUGUUCGGUGACUACAGCUACAUGUUCUACAUGUGUGGUGCUGUGAUGCUCACCGCCGGCCUUUUCCUCUUCGUCAUGAACUACUACAACUACAGACGGAAGGAUGCGGCACGGCGUGCUCAGCAGAACGACACUGAGCUAGCCGAGAUGAACGUGCACAAUGAGCUCCUGCGUGCAGACACUCGGACUAGUGACCAAAUGCAGGCAGGAGAUGGACAAAGCCAGGGUAUGGAUUCUGGGAUACUUGGGGUCAGAUCAGAGACUGAAAACAUCCCAGUGUACCAUGACCCAAGGGAUUUAAUGACGGAUGGGAUGGUAUGA